AUGGUCUUCUACUUCACCAGCAACGUCGUCGACCCGCCCGCCUUCAUCUACGUCGGCAAAGACAAAGUCGAGAAUGAGGAUCUGAUCGCCCACGGCUGGCCCGAAGACAUCUGGUUCCACGUCGACAACCUCUCAUCCGCUCACAUCUACCUCCGCCUCCCGCCCACCACCACCUGGGACGCCAUCCCCACCGCGCUCCUGACCGACUGCGCCCAGCUCACCAAAGCCAACAGCAUAGAAGGCAACAAGAAGGACAAUGUGACCAUCAUCUAUACACCGUGGAGCAACCUCAAGAAGAGCGGAAACAUGGCCACCGGACAGGUCGGCUUCAAGAACGACAAGAUGGUGAAGCGCGUGUAUGUGGAGAAGCGGGAGAACGUGAUUGUGAAUCGUCUAAACAAGACCAAGGUGGAGAAGUUUCCCGAUCUGAGGGAGGAGAAGGCGGAGAGGGAGAAGGAGUUGCGGAAGGUUGAGAGGAUAGCAGCGCAGGAGAAGAAGAAGGAAGAGGCGAAGGUUGCCGAAGAGCGGCAACGACUCAAAUGGCAGAAGGAUCACAUGUAUGAUGAUCUCCAUGCUGAUGAUAACAUGGCAGAGUCGAGCAACCAAGACAGAGACGAGGACUUCCUGGACGAUUUCAUGUAG